AUGCCUGGCGUGGAAGUAACUAUUCCUGAGACACGCAAUUCAAAUGCAGAUUACACGAUAUACGUGUUGAGAGUUUCGCACCUGAAGGGCACCAAACUAUCUGAAGUUCGCUAUAGUCAGUUCUUCGAGCUACACAAGAAGCUGAGAAAGAUCAUCAAACCGUAUCCUGAGUUCCCAGCAAGGCGAUUGGUACGCAAGCUGGAUCCAAAGGUGGUGGAGGCUCGUCGUCAGUGUCUCGAAGGUUACAUUCAAGCCCUGGUCGCUCACGAGCCCAUCCAUCAACUGGUGCUAACAUUUCUGGGAGUGCCGGAAGGUGGGUAUGAUGGACCUGAUGCAAGCACAAAUUCAACCGAUAGCAUGCAUGCCCCUCAUUCAGCUGCCUUGUCUGUGAACUGGGAGGAAGUCAACAAAGCAGCACUUGCCAGAGUCCAGGAUGACGUGAUCCACAAAGUUCUGUGCGAAAACGCUGAUGGCAAGCUUGAUACUGCUGCGCUUCAGGACAAUGCCUUAAUCGGUAUGCUGACUGCAAUGUACAAUUGA